AUGGCUUCUCUUACCACCACCCGCGCCGACCCUGUGCGACUCAGCGCAAGUACCAUCAGCAGUACUACCACCAACGAAGACGAUCUGAAGGCCUCCACCCGCGUCCAACCGAAAGACAAGUCGUCUGUUCGGCGCUGGUUCAGCUUCGUUCGUAAACUUGUCUCCUCCCACAAUACACAAGAACAGUCAGAGUGUUCGACAUGCGGAAAGAAGUCUGAGGAGUUUGUCGCUGAAGCUGCCCCUGCCCAAGCGUCGUCCAUCAUCGUGAUUGCUUCCUCUAGUGUCAAUGAGGAGGAAAUCGAAGCCCCGACGAAGGUCGAACCCACUCCUUUCUUGAGGCCUGUUGCGCGGUCCACACCUGCACCCGCACCUACGUCCGUCCGCCGCUCGGCUUCCGCCCCUGCCUUCGCAAGAUUCUAUCUCGAGGCAGUUUCUGAGGAAGCAACAGUCUCGUUGACAGAUGCAUCGCGAAUCGUCGAAGCCGCCAAAGUUGACGACUCCACGUCACCCAAGCCGGCAAAAGCCACACGCAGCCGCGAGCCCCGCAAGCCGAUCAUGAUCACCCCUGAUCUGAUGAAGAAAAUCGAGAGGGACAACAGGAAGCGACAGGGAGCGCAUGUUCGACGAGCUGAGGUGAAGAAGACCAGCAGGGGCGCUGUUGCCUCGGCGUCUGGUGCCAAGGGUGUUCGCGCCAACCCGAUGAGGUGGUCGCAAGACUAA